AUAUUUUGAGAUUUUUGUUUUUGGUCAGUCGUCAACUAAAAGGGUUUUUUACUUUUCUUUCAAUUAUUUCUGACAGAAAAACGGUAAUGUGCUUAUAAAGCCAUUAUCCAUCCCAAUUAAUAUGAAAGUAAAAGUUAUAAGCAGAAAUCCAGACGAGUAUCUUCGUGAAACCAAACUAGAUAUUCAUAAAACUCAGAGAAACUAUGACCCGGCUCUUCACCCAUUUGAGGCAGCUAGGGAAUACACUAGAGCUCUAAAUGCAGUUAAACUAGAAAAAGUUUUUGCCAAACCUUUCAUAGGAAAUCUGGAUGGUCAUAGAGAUGGCGUUUCUUGUAUCUCCAAACAUCCAAAACGUUUAACAGUCUUGACAAGUGGUGCAUUUGACGGUGAAGUAAGAAUCUGGGAUAUUCCACAAAGGAUAUGCAUCAGAAACUUUGUUGCACAUGAUGGCAUAAUCAGGGGUAUUGUUUAUAACCCUAAUGGGGAUCAUUUUAUUACCAUUGGUGAUGACAAGACUAUCAAAACAUGGAAGUCAUUGGCCCCACAAUUUGGGGAAGAAGAAGAACCAGUCAACACAGUCCUCAGUAAAACAGUGCUGACCAGUUUAGCACAUCAUAGAACAAAACCAAUAUUUGCCACAGCAGGUGAAAUUUGUCAAAUCUGGGAAGAGUCCAGAAAUGAGCCUAUUCGUAAGAUUGAAUGGGGAGUAGAUAGCUUACAUGAUAUAGAAUUCAAUCCUGUUGAAACAAAUAUUCUUGCUUCAUGUGUGAGUGACAGAAGUAUCAUUCUAUAUGAUAUGAGGGACAAAAAUCCUUUGAGGAAAGUUAUUAUGAAGUUAAGGACAAAUAAAUUGGCAUGGAAUCCUAUGGAGCCCUUUAUUUUCACAUGUGCCAAUGAAGAUUACAAUUUGUAUACUUUUGACACACGCAAUUUGAAACAACCUGCCAAUAUUCAUAUGGACCAUGUCAGUGCUGUCACCUUUAUUGACUAUGCCCCCACUGGUAGAGAGUUUGUAUCAGGCAGUUAUGAUAAGUCCAUUAGAAUUUUUGAAUCUGGAAAGGGGCACUCCAGGGAGGUUUAUCACACAAAGAGGAUGCAGAGAUUGACCUGUGUCCACUGGAGUUUGGACAAUAAGUACAUCAUCAGUGGCUCAGAUGAGAUGAAUAUAAGGAUAUGGAAGGCCAGAGCAUCAGAAAAAUUGGGGCCUUUGAAGCCAAGAGAAAAAGCAGCCCUCCGCUACAGUGAAGCUCUUAAAGAGAAAUAUGCUAGCCAUCCAAAGAUCAAGAGAAUCUCUAGACACAGGCAUGUUCCCAGACAUGUGUACAAUGCCCAAAAUGAGCUGAGAACUAUCAAAGAAAAAGAGAAGAGGAAGGAGGCCAACAGAAGGGCACAUUCUAAGCCUGGAGAAGUGCCCUAUCUUCCAGAGCGCAAAAAACAUGUUUUACAAGAGCAACAGUGAUUUAUUCCUAAUGAACUGGGAAAUGAAUAAAAAGAAUAGUGAGAAAUUUGGAAACCCUUAUUAUUUCAAAGGAACAUCAACUGUACAACUGUUGAAACCAGCAAGAAAAUCUGGUUGGUUUUCUCUUUGUUUUUGUUUUUCAACCAAAUCAUCAUCCUUGUUCAACUCAUAUUUUCAUUAUGCUAAAAUAUAAUCUAAUAAUACAAAAUAAAAACUCUAACAUC